AUGUCAAUCCACCGAUUCGCCCUCGCUGCGAGCUUCUUGCUCGGUCAGGUUUCGGCCAGCACGCCUGCGGCCAGCUCCCCAGUGCGCAGCAGCCAAGCCCAUGUGCCCACAGUGAGCUGCCGAACCGAGCUGGGAUUGAACUCGGUGAAAUCAGUGCCGACCACAACCGUCACACGGGUGGCUCAUGAUCAUACUCCGGUCGUGAUCUAUUCGACCGUCCAGGACACGGUCACGGUGACUCCCAGCACUUCCACCGCGACAGCAACAGAAUAUGACACUACCACGAUCACUUCCACCGCUGACACCAUCACUGACACCUUCUCGACGACUUCGACCGAGUAUGACACUGCGACUGUGACCCUGACUGAUGACCCUGUCACGGUUACUGUCUACACCACCAUCUCGUCCACGAGUACCUCAAUUUCCACUAUCAGCACCUCUUCAGGCUUCACUCCUAUUGUGGACACAUUUGCCACCCCUACUGCUGUCAAACGGUCUCUGGAUGAGGAUGAGAAUUGCUCUCCUUGGCUGGACGAGUACAAGUAUCCCCAGAAGGUGGAGUGCUAUGAGAAGGUUGUCCUCAAGACCACAUCUAUCUCAACAGUCACGGAAUCACCCAGCACUACGACCGCUGCUACCCCUUCUACGACAGUCACGGAGACGAGCACCAUUACAAGCAAUUCAGUGGUUGUUCCAUCGGACGUGUCAACUACGCUGAGCUACAGUACUACCUCCACAAUCACGGAGACCACUCUUGUUGCUGGUGAGACCACCACCGUUACUUCCACCACCACCGCCGUUGUGUCUACAGCCACUGCGUCCUUCUACGAAGCUUGUGCUGCCAACAACAUUGCGACCAGUCCUCUUACCUCAGACUAUGGGUCCUACGCGGGUAAAUACAUCAACGUUGUUCAAUUUACGAGAAUCUCUGGAGAAGGUAUGAGCGUGGGCAGCACGGAUACUGCAUACGAUUGCUGCGUUAGCUGCAUACAGACCUCUGAUUGCGCCCUUUCUUACUUUAUGGCGGUUUCGGGUGGUUCCAAUUACUGCUACGUGAUUACCACAACUACUUGCUCGGCAACGUCUAAUUACGCCACGGUUUAUACCUAUGGUAACCCGACCACUAUCAAUUUGGCAAACGGAAAUUGUGGUCAUUAUGUGGGAACCGAGGCUCCUCUAUAG